AUGGGAAAUUCGAACUCGACUUAUUCCAAUGAUAUUUCAAAUAUUCGUCAUCGUCAUUCUACAUCUCCAAUUGAAAUCAAUCAAGAAUUCAUUUUGAUCUGGGUCGAUGAGAAUGCCAAAGAAAAUAAUCUCGAUUCCCUUCGAACAAAAAUCGUGUUGAGACAAAUCAAUAAUGAUCAUUGUUUAUUUUUUGACAAUUGCGACGAAUUUUUGCUGGAAGUCGAACGAAUUCGAAAUGAAAAUUGUCGAAUUAUAGUGAUUCUCUCUGGUUCAUUAGCUAAAGAAAUUCUCCCCAAAACUCAACAUAUCAUUUCAACCAUAAUCAUCUUUUGUGAAAAUUCAGCAUAUUAUUGUCAUUUAUCACGGCAAUAUCUCAACGUUGUGGAUAUUUGUACAAAUUAUGAGUCACUGAAAAGUUCGAUUCAAAAUGAAAUUCCUUCGCUAAAGUUAAAUUUAUUUGCCAAUCAAACACUAAAAUCUGUUCGAGCAUUAACAUUCUCGGAAGAUUUGACGAAUUGUGACGCAUUUUAUUCAUAUAUUUUAUUUCUGGAAUUAUUAAAACAAAUGCCUCAAACAAAACAAGCGAAACAUUUGAUGUUAAAUAAAUGUCGAGAUUAUUAUCGAAAUGACAAAAAACAAAGUUCUUUAAUUGAAUCAUUUCGAGAAACUUACACAUCCGAUCAAGCCAUUCUUUGGUAUAUUAAAGAUUCGUUUAUUUACCGUUUAGUAAAUCGUGCAUUUCGUACGGAAGAUAUUACCUUAUGGUAUUUAUUUCGUUUUUAUUUAAUUGAUCUUUGUAAACAAUUAGAAUUAGUUCAUAAACAGCAGAAUAUUCAAACAUCGUUGAUACUUUAUCGUGGACAAACACGGAUGUCGAUUGCAGAAUUCAAUCAUCUCAAAUUUAACAUUGGUUCAUUUAUUUCAACUAAUGGGUUCUUUUCAUCAUCGACUGAUAUUCAAAUAGCGAGACAAUUUCUUGCUGGAGCGAUUGAUACCGAACAUUACAAAGCCAUUUUAUUUAAAAUUCUCCUCGAAAAACCCGUUCUCGACAAAAUCAUUUUUGUUGAUAUUGAUCAAUAUGUGGGACAUUGUGGAGAAAGUGAAGUUUUGUUUACCAUUGGUUCGAUCUUUCAAAUCGAAAAUGUUGAAUUCAAUAAUGAAUUAAAUGUUUGGCAAAUUGAAAUCAAAGCAGUUGAUCAAAAUGUAUCCAAAGUAAAAGAAUCCAUUGAAACAAUUAGAAAACGAUAUGGAAGUGGAGAAAAUGUCAAUUUUAUCUUUGGUCGUUUAUUACUCGAUAUGAAUCAAUAUACAAAAGCGGAAUCUUAUUUUCAAAUGAUUCUCAAAGAAUUACCACGAAAUCAUGUUGAUUUACCAUUCAUUUACGAUCAUUUAGCUGAUCUUUUUAUGCAAAGCACUAAUUGGAACGAAGCAUUUCGUUAUUUCAAUCUCUCAUUGAAAUUCAAACAGAAACAUUUGUCUUUGUAUCAAUCAACUAUUUCCUUAACGUUCAAUGGAAUCGGCAAUUAUUACAAAGCUAUUGGAAAUCUUCAUGAAGCAAUGAAAUACUAUCUCGAAGCAUUGAAGUAUCAUGAUAAAAAUAAUCGAAAUAAUUUCGCAAUUAUUCUUAGUAAUCUUUCCACAAUUGAUUUAAGAAAUGAAAAUUAUGAAGAAGCUUUGAACAAAUGUAUCGCAGCUCGAGAUCUUCUUUAUGAAACUGAUUCAUCUCUAUCGAAUGAAAUUUUACAUUGUCAAGGAAUUCUCGGUGAUAUUCAUUUGGCGAUGAAAAAUUCUCUUUCUGCUGAACAAUUUUAUUUGGUAACAUUCGAAAUGAGUAAAAUGAUUUUAUUUACCGGAGAAAAUAUCAAAUUGAAUUCAAUAAAAUCCUUAAUUCAUCUUUAUAAACAAGAAAAUGUUGAAAAAGCUUUGGAAUAUUCAUUCAAUCAACUUUCGUUUUAUGAAACUAAUCAUUCUGAACGUGAAUUGAGUAUUGCAAAUAUUUGUUUAGAAAUUAGUCAAUUAUAUGAUCCAAUAAAUUCACAACAAAUCAUUUACUUAGAAAAAGCGUGGAAUAUUUUUCAAAAGAAUCUUCAUAUUCCAUAUUCAUCAACAAUUCAAUGUUUGAUUUUCAUCGCAAAUUAUUAUUUGAAAAACUCUUUCUUGGACAAAUCGAGAAAAUUUUAUUUAAAAGCACUUCAGUUACAAAAAUUUAUUUAUCCGGAUGGUCAUCCAUCGAUUCGUCAAACUCAAACUAUGAUUGACACUUUACAUUUAUCACUUUCAUAA